GGCUGUCCUGUCGCUGGGAACGGAAGCGGGCCCCCGGGACGCAGAGGAAGCCAGGAUGGCGACUUCCAGCCGGAAGGCGCAGACCCCGAGCUCCUUGGCCUCUAAAAGGCCUCUCCCGAGAGACUCUUCCUCAGAGGUCCCCAACAAGAGGAUGAACUGGAACCCGCAACCGUCGCUGCCGCACUCGGCGGCGCCUUUCGUGGAGGGCUCUAUCGUCCGCAUCGCCAUGGAGAACUUCCUAACAUAUGAUAUAUGUGAGGUGUCUCCGGGACCCCACCUGAAUAUGAUUAUUGGCGCUAAUGGAACAGGAAAGUCAAGCAUUGUAUGUGCCAUUUGCCUUGGACUAGCAGGCAAACCUGCUUUCAUGGGACGGGCAGAUAAGGUUGGUUUUUUUGUGAAGAGAGGAUGUUCCAGAGGCAUGGUUGAAAUUGAAUUGUUCAGGGCAUCUGGCAAUCUUGUAAUCACCCGUGAGAUUGAUGUGACAAAAAACCAGUCCUUUUGGUUCAUCAACAAAAAACCUGCAACCCAGAAAAUAGUAGAAGAACAAGUUGCAGCCUUAAACAUUCAAGUUGGUAAUCUUUGCCAGUUUCUACCUCAGGACAAAGUUGGGGAAUUUGCUAAACUCAGCAAAAUUGAACUUCUUGAAGCUACUGAGAAGUCAAUUGGUCCUCCAGAGAUGCACAGGUAUCAUUGUGAGCUCAAAAACUUCAGGGAGAAAGAAAAGCAACUAGAGACCUCAUGCAAAGAGAAAACUGAAUACUUAGAAAAAAUGAUUCAGAGAAAUGAAAGAUACAAACAAGAUGUGGAGAGGUUCUAUGAACGGAAGCGGCAUUUAGAUUUAAUUGAGAUGCUUGAGGCAAAAAGACCAUGGGUGGAAUAUGAAAAUGUUCGUCAGGAGUAUGAAGCUGUGAAACUAAUCCGUGACCGAGUGAAGGAAGAGGUUAAAAAACUUAAAGACGAGCAAAUUCCCAUGACAAAUCGAAUUGAGGAAAUUGAAAGGCUGCGUCAUAAUUUUGAGGCUCGAAUCAAAGAAAAGGCAGCAGAUAUUAAGGAGACAUCUCACAAAUGCAAACAAAAGCAAGAUAUGAUAGAAAGGAAAGAUAAAUAUAUUGAGGAACUUCAGCAGGCUUUAACAGUGAAACAAAAUGAAGAGCAUGACCGACAAAGGAGAAUAAGCAAUACUCGCAAAAUGAUUGAAGAUUUGCAAAAUGAACUGAGGAACACAGAAAACUGUGAGAAUCUGCAGCCUCAGAUUGAUGCCAUUACAAAUGAUCUGAGGCGAGUUCAAGAUGAAAAAGCAUCAUGUGAAGGCGAGAUCAUUGAUAAACGCAGAGAGAGGGAGACACUAGAAAAGGAGAAACAGAGUGUGGAUGAUCAUAUUGUACGUUUUGACAAUCUUAUGAAUCAAAAGGAAGACAAGCUGAGACAGAGGUACCGGGACACAUACGAUGCUGUUUUGUGGCUACGAAAGAACAGAGACAAAUUUAAGCAAAGAGUCUGUGAGCCCAUAAUGCUCACGAUUAAUAUGAAAGAUAAUAAAAAUGCCAAGUAUGUUGAAAAUCAUAUUUCAUCAAAUGAUUUGAGAGCAUUUGUAUUUGAAAGUCAAGAAGAUAUGGAAAUUUUUCUCAAAGAGGUUCGUGACAAUAAGAAGUUAAAAGUAAAUGCUGUCAUUGCGCCCAAGAAUUCAUACGCAGACAAAGCACCUUCAAGAUCUCUGAAUGAGCUAAAACAGUAUGGAUUUUUCUCUUACUUGCGGGAGUUAUUUGAUGCUCCUGAUCCUGUGAUGAGUUACCUGUGCUGCCAGUAUCAUAUUCAUGAGGUUCCUGUGGGAACGGAAAGAACCAGAGAAAAAAUUGAACGGGUAAUACAAGAAACCCGAUUAAAACAAAUUUAUACGGCAGAAGAAAAGUAUGUGUUGAAAACUUCUUUUUAUUCAAACAAAGUUAUUUCUAGUAACACGUCCCUGAAAGUAGCCCAGUUUCUCACAGUCACUGUUGAUCUCGAGCAGAGAAGACACUUGGAAGACCAGCUAAAGGAAAUUAAUAGAAAAUUACAAAUAGUGGAAGCCGGAUUGAUUGCCUUACGUGAUACAAAUAGACAUCUAGAACACAAAGACAAUGAACUUAGACAAAAGAAGAAAGAACUUCUUGAAAGAAAAACCAAGAAAAGACAACUGGAACAAAAAAUUAGUUCCAAGCUUGGAAGUAUAAAAUUGAUGGAACAAGAUACGUGUAAUCUGGAAGAGGAAGAACGGAAAGCAAACAAUAAAAUCAAAGAAACAAAUGUUCAGAAAGCAAAACUUGUUACUGAAUUAACAAGUCUUGUAAAGAUUUGUACUUCUUUGCAUAUGCAAAAAGUAGAUUUAAUUCUUCAAAACACUACUGUGAUCUCUGAGAAGAACAAACUAGAUACAGAUUAUAUGGCCAUAUCUUCUCAGCUGCGUGUCACUGAGCAACAUUUCCUGGAGUUGGAUGAAAAUAGACAAAGAUUGUUACAGAAAUGCAAAGAACUUAUGAAGAGAGCUAGGCAAGUAUGUAACCUGAGUGCAGAGCAGGCUGUUCCACAAGAAUAUCACACACAAGUACCCACCAUUCCAAAUGGACACAACUCCUCACCCCCCAUGGCUUUCCAGGACCUUCCAAAUACACUGGAUGAAAUUGAUGCCCUAUUAACUGAGGAAAGAUCAAGAGCGUCCUGCUUCACUGGAUUGAAUCCUUCGGUGGUUGAGGAAUAUACAAAAAGAGAAACAGAAAUACAGCAGUUAACUGAGGAACUGAAGGGAAAGAAAGUUGAACUGGAUGAAUACAGGGAAAACAUUUCCCAGGUCAAAGAAAGGUGGCUCAACCCCUUAAAAGAGCUAGUAGAAAAAAUUAAUGAAAAAUUCAGCCAUUUUUUUAGUUCCAUGCAAUGUGCUGGUGAAGUUGAUCUGCAUACGGAAAAUGAGGAAGAUUAUGAUAAGUAUGGGAUUCGAAUUCGAGUCAAAUUCCGCAGCAGUACUCAGCUUCAUGAAUUGACUCCUCAUCAUCAGAGUGGAGGUGAAAGAAGCGUCUCUACCAUGUUGUACUUGAUGGCACUUCAGGAGCUCAAUAGAUGUCCAUUCAGAGUAGUUGAUGAAAUCAAUCAGGGUAUGGACCCAAUCAAUGAACGGAGAGUGUUUGAAAUGGUUGUAAACACUGCCUGUAAAGAGAACACAUCACAGUACUUCUUUAUUACACCAAAGCUCCUACAGAAUCUUCCAUACUCCGAAAAGAUGACAGUAUUGUUUGUCUACAAUGGUCCUCAUAUGCUGGAACCAAACCGGUGGAAUUUAAAGGCUUUCCAAAGGCGGCGGCGCCGUAUUACCUUCACUCAACCUUCUCAGUGAAAAUGAAGGGGGUGGGAAGACUUUGGAGCUUUUUCCUUUUAACUGUUUAUACAUAUGGCUCAACUGAAUAAAAGUUAGCAAAUUUAUUGAAACAGAAAGAUUGGUUAUUUUUGAAAACUUGCUUUUAAAUACAAAUAGGUUGAUGAAAUGAACACACUGACACUUUGGAACAUUUCCUAGGUAGUAAAAGUUGCUUCAGCAUUGGUUGAACUGGAGUUAUUAGUACUCUGUGAGUACUAGAUUCUCAUGGUUAAAGGUUUUUACUGUCUCUUGUGAUGGCGUCUCUAAUCCAGCCCUUGAGAGGUAGAAACAGAAAGAACAUGAGUUUGAGGCCAACCAGGGCUGCAUAUUAAAUCCCAGGCCAGUUUAAAUUACAGAUUGAGAUCCCAUCUUAGAAAGCAAAAAGUUUUAAUGAUUUCUGUUGUAAAUCAGAGGUACAAUGGAAGGGGAGUUAUCAAUCACAAUGAAUUAACUUCACCUGGUAGCAUUUAUUGCAGAAUAAUAGCUUGUAGAACUAAAGAUGACUCCAGAACUAGAAAUCCCAGUUUUCUUCUAACUUAGGUUUAGUUUUUAAAAACUUAUGGGAAUGUCUAGUGUAAUGUACAGUAAGUUGUGGCCCAUCUCUUCAGUUCUUCAUGUUAAGAAAGAAUACCUUAGGGCUGGGGAGAUUGCUCAGUGGUUAAGGUGCUUGCUUAAAAAAGGUUACCUGAUCUUCAUAGGAGACUUGGAUUGUUACAGACCUUUAUAGGAAGUUUUAUGAAAGCUGAUUCUCUAUAUUGGUAUUCCAGAGGAUUGUGAAAACACACACACACACACACACACAGCUUCAAAAAUGGCAGCAGGACUUUGAAAGGCCACAAGGUGGCCACUAUAAGAUGCAGAAUGUAGUCAAAGCAUUGGUAAAUUAAAAAAAAUCAGGUGAUAAGCGUUUUUAAAGAAGAGCCUUGUAAAGUAUGUGGGUUGAGGUGGGGGUUCUUGUCUUGUUUAAUUUAAAGUCAGUUGUAUUUUACAUCUCAAAUUUCUAAAAGCAUUUGUAUAAUUAUUUUUAGUAAGAUUUUUCCUAGGAUUUCAUAUAUAGGUUUCUACAAAUUUGUAUUUGAAAUUUCUCAGUGCAGUAUAAAGUGAGGGGAAAGCAUUGAUUUGUUUCAAGUCAUGUUUUUAGAACUUACAGGUCCUUCCUUACAGUGUUGAUCAAACCCAUUAUCUCAUUUAAAUUGUUUUCUUCCAACUGGGGACAAAUAAAUGAGAAAAUCAUUGUUUCUCUCUGAGUUAUGCUAAUUAACAGCAUCAAAUAGAUUUAAAGAAUAACUUAUUUAAAGAAUAAUUUAAAAUAUAAAUCUUGCAAGAAACUGGACAUGUCUUUCAAUGGUGGAUUGGAACAGAUUUCCGUUGGUAGUAACAAAACUUCUUUUUUUUAACUUACUAGACUGAAUCAACUGAAGACUUCUAUUCAGUUUGUUUUAUGAUUAGCCACUGAAGUUUAUAUUCUUAAUGGUUUAAAAAAUAAAAAAGACCAUGAGUUUAUGUCCUUUUAAAAUAAGUUUCAUUAUUAAAAAUUAUGAGACCCCUCCCUCUUAAGCUAAAUCUAAUGCAUGAAGUAUGAGAUUAUUUAAAAUAAUACUUUUACUAGGAUCAACAAGUCAUGUAAAUAUUUAAAAUGCAGUAACAUAUUAGUGAGUGGAUAUUACAAACAUUUCUGUCAUUCCUUUGUUCUUCCUGUGACAUCUAGUGCUUGGAACAGUUUGUUUUUUCUGUUACUACCAAUCAGUUUAUUCUGCAAAACAAAUGCCAGUGUGAGAAAGAAAAUAAAGCAUCUUUGAAAAUCUGGUCACUAAUUCCAUUUCUAUUUAUAUGCCAAUAGUUAUUCCUUACCUUGUUCAUAAGCAUUUAGUGAACCAAGUUAAUGGUUUUUUUUAUAUUGAACUUUCAGCUAAAAAGGGUAAAUAGAUUAUGUAUCAUUUUUAUCAUAUUAAGGAAGGAUAAGUCAAGCAUAGUAUAUUAUAUUUUCUGCCAAUGAUUUCUAAUUUCAUUCAAAAAGUAAAAAUUUUAAGUAAAAGCAUGAUUUGAUAAAUAAAAUGAUAUUUAAAACCAUAAGGUUAUAGAUAUCUUCAUGACUAAAUCUUUGUUGGUGUGCAUAAGGAGAGUCUCUGUUAUAAAGGGUUUUUUUUUUUAAUAUUACUUUCAAAGUAAGAAGAGUUCUGGAUGCUUUUUGAUUGUCGUGGACAUACUUAUUUUCAGUAUGAACCUUUAGUAUGUGAAAAACAUUUCAUUGUAUUAUGUGUGUAUAUGUGUAAUUGAUUUGAAAAGGCUGUUUGAAAUGCUGCUUUGUUGGUAAUAAAUACAUAUUUUCAUA